CUCACCGGCGAGCCAAUCAACAACAAAUCAAACAUCGUUCCACUAGCAUCUUUAUUAGAGCUCUGUCCCUUUCCUUUUACCUGUUUUAUAUCUUUAUCGUGUGAUAGACGGGCCCCGGAUCGUUUGGUCACAAUUGGUGGACUUGAAAUGGAUUUAUUAACCGUUUAUUUGGUUUUAUCGAUGCUGCUGCUCGCCAUCAGCAGAGCGACGUACGAACCGAACUGGAAAUCCAUCGACUCCAGACCGCUGCCACAGUGGUACGACCAGGCCAAGUUUGGCAUCUUCAUACACUGGGGAGUCUUCUCUGUUCCGAGCUUCGGCAGCGAGUGGUUCUGGUGGUACUGGCAGAAGCAGAAACUGCAGCCGUAUGUUGACUUCAUGCAGAGGAAUUAUCCUCCGGACUUCAAGUAUCAAGACUUCGCACCGCAGUUCACUGCCGAGUUCUUUGAUGCCAAAGAAUGGACCGACAUCUUUGCCUCAUCAGGAGCGAAGUACAUCGUCCUGACCACAAAACACCACGAAGGUUUCACACUAUGGGGCUCAAAGAAUUCCUGGAACUGGAACGCAGUGGAUGUUGGACCCAAAAGAGAUUUGGUAGAUGAAGUGGCGAGUGCCCUCCGUGCUAACAGUGAGCUGCGUUUAGGGCUGUACCACUCUCUCUUUGAGUGGUUUAAUCCGCUGUUUGAACGGGACGCUGCCAACGCCUUCACUACAAACUGCUUUCCCACCAGCAAAACUCUGCCUGAGCUUUAUGAGCUCGUUGUCAAGUACAAACCGGAGGUGCUGUGGUCUGACGGGGACGGAGACGCACCUGACAAGUACUGGAACAGCACGGGGUUCUUAGCCUGGCUCUACAAUGACAGUCCUGUGCGAGACACAGUGGUGACAAAUGAUCGCUGGGGCUCUGGCUCCAUCUGCACCCACGGCGGAUAUUACACCUGCACUGAUCGCUACCAGCCAGGACACCUGCUCAAACACAAAUGGGAAAACUGCAUGACCAUCGACAUGAAAUCCUGGGGUUACAGACGAAACGCUCCUCUCAGCGACUACCUCACCAUCGAGCAGCUUGUAGCAACACUGGUGGAGACCGUGUCCUGUGGGGGGAACCUUCUGAUGAACGUCGGCCCGACGCACGACGGGAGGAUCGCUCCCAUCUUUGAGGAGCGUCUGAGGCAGAUGGGUCAGUGGCUGAAGGUCAACGGGGAGGCCAUCUACAACACCACAGCAUGGCGGGCUCAGAACGACACCGUCACUCCCGACAUCUGGUACACUUCCAGACCACAAGAGAAGAGCAUCUUUGCCAUUUUUCUGGAGUGGCUGAAUAACGGAUCCGUGAUCCUGAAUGAGCCCGAGGUUUCGCAAGGACACACUCAGGUGGCGCUUCUCGGUCACGGGUCUCUGCUGCAGUGGGAGCCUGUGAAGCCCAGCGGGCUGCGGGUCGUCCUGCCCCAGCUGUCCUUCAGCCAGAUGCCAUGCCAGUGGGCCUGGACACUGAGGCUGACAGGUGCCACUUAAAGGGAAACCGCAUCACAUGACGAGGAACAGGCAGCGCGGCGGGACAAAGAGACGAACCCUGCGAUCGAUUUGUUGGGAUCGCUGAAUAAAAUCCGUAAAAUGAAGUGUGCAGUCUGUGACUUGCAAGAUUGAAAUGGUCAAGAGUAAACCUUAUGACAUGAUAAUUGUUUUUAUAUUGGGUGACUUCAAUCAUAAAAGUUAACUUUGAGACAUAAAAGUCAUUUUUCAGGCCCAGAAAAGUUUGCCUGUAUGCAUUAAUGGACCUCUGACAUCAAAACUGUGAAAUAUGAGGAACUUUUGUCACUUCUGUAAUUGUCUUUUUAAAUCUACAUAUUCUUCAUUUGAUUUCCCAGCAGCACUGAUGUGACAGUUUGUUUAAAUGUGAAGGAUUGUUCAAACAAAACUAAUGUAUCAUUAAAGAACAUCACUGAAAUAAAUCUCCUCAUAUG